AUGGAACGGGUGAGGGAGCAGCGGCCUUUCUGCUCGCUGUCCAAGAGCCAGAGAGACAGGGAGCGGGACUGCGCCAGAGACCAGGACCGGGAGCGCCGCUACACCGCCUCCUCUUCCGACCGGGAGGAGGGAGCCUGCCGCGUGCCCACUCAGAAAUCCUACAGCUCCAGCGAGACGCUCCAGGCCUUUGACCAUGACCCCACGCGAAUGCUGUUCGGAGGCAGAGUCAAGGAGAUGGUCCACAAGGAAAGCGUGGAGUACAGCAGGCCAGGGCAGACAUUCUCGCUGAGGCAACUCGGGAUCUGUGAGCCAUCAGCUCGCAGAGGCCUGGCGCUCUGCCCCGAGACGGGCCUCUCCCACCCGCUCAGCAGCUACUCCCGGGGACCCGUCGCCACAGAAAACCAUGAACCUGUAUCACCGGAACGUACCAUGACUCUUUGGGGAACGGGGGCCAAGUCUGGGCAGAACUCGUGCCUCUCCAGCCGCUCUAACUCGGCGCUGACGCUCACUGACACGGAAAUGGACAAUAAAUCGGACAAUGAGAUGGGGGAUCAUCUGUCCAGUCCGCAGGGCCCUCCACCUCUGCCACCAGCCCCACCCCCACACAAGCAGCACCCGUCCAUCACGUCCCUGAGCCGCGGCUCACUGGCCAAUCACAGGAGCCCGAGCCCUCCGCCCACAGGCGGCCUGGCGGCCGACUUGCAGAGCACGGCAGAAUGCGUCCAGCUGCAGGACAGCUGGGUCCUGGGCAGCAAUGUGGCCCUGGAGAGCAGGCACUUUCUUUUUAAGACGGGACCGGGAACGACGCCUUUCUUCGGCGCGGCCGCCCCCGGCUACACCAUGGCCACCGGGGCCGUCUACUCCACGCCGGCGCGCCCGCUGCCCAGGAACAGCCUGUCCCGAGGGGCCUUCAAGUUCAAGAAGUCGCCCAAACACUGCUCCUGGAAGUGCACCGCCAUGAUCGCUGUGGGCGUAGCUGUGGCGCUGUCGAUCAUCCUCUGCUACUGCAUAGAUGCAGCCCUCUGCCACUUGCCUCAGGUGUCUCUGAGUGUUUCCACCACUUCCUCUCACUUUCAUCCGCCGCCAAUUCACCUGCCAGGUGCAGGGACUCAACCGACUACAAUGCAAACACACACUGUUCGACUCUUGGCCAAUGGCGGCGCUUCCUUGACGCUGAGUUACGAGCGCGCCCCGUUCCCCACGCUGCACCGCACCGUGUGGCUGCCCUGGAACGUGUUCCACGUGAUGGACACGGUGGUGAUGAAGCGGGAGGAGAACGACAUCCCCAGCUGCUACCUGACCGGCUUGUUCAGACCCCACCCACUCAUCGUAGCCACGCCCCUCUCCACCUUGUACAAGACGUCCCCAGAGGACAGUCCCAUCAUCCCCGAGACGCAGGUCCUCCACGAGCAAGUGGCCAUACCAGGCAGUGACCUCAACCUGGUCUACCUGAGCUCCAGGGCAGCUGGCUACAAGCCCAUCCUCAAGGUGCUCCUGACCCCGGAGCGGCUCCCCUUUGGCCUGAUGAAGGUCCACCUGAUGGUGGCCGUCAUGGGCCGUCAGUUCCAGAAGUCCUUCCCUGCGUUCCCCGACCUCUCCUACACCUUCAUCUGGGACAAAACAGACGCCUACAACCAGAAGGUCUUUGGCCUGGCGGAGGCUGUGGUGUCGGUGGGAUACGAGUACGAGUCCUGCCUUGAUGUGGUGCUCUGGGAGAAGAGGACGGCCAUGCUGCAAGGCUUCGAGCUGGACGCCGCCAACAUGGGAGGCUGGAUGGUGGACAAACAUCACAUACUGGACAUUCAGAACGGUAUUCUGUACAAAGGCAGCGGGGAGAACCAGUUCAUCUCCCUGCAGCCGCCUGUGAUCUCCACCGUCAUGGGGAACGGGCGGCGCCGCAGCAUCUCGUGCCCCAGCUGUAACGGACAGGCCCAGGGCAACAAGCUGCUGGCGCCGGUGGCUCUGGCGUGGGGCAUCGACGGGAGCCUGUACGUCGGCGACUUCAACUACAUCCGCCGAAUCUACCCGUCAGGCAACGUCACGAGUAUCAUGGAGCUCCGAAAUAAAGACUUUAGACACAGUAACAACCCAGCGCACCGGUAUUACCUGGCAACUCACCCAGUAACCGGCCAGCUGUACGUGUCGGACACAAACUCGGAGGAUCUACGACCGAAGACCUUGACGGGGACCAAGGACCUGCAGGCGAACGCAGAGGUGGUGGCCGGGACCGGGGAGCACUGCCUGCCCUUCGACGAGAACCACUGUGGAGACGGAGGCAAAGCUCCAGAGGCGUCGCUCACUGGACCCAAAGGCAUCGCGGUGGACAAGAACGGCCUGAUUUACUUUGUGGACGGCACCACGAUCCGGAAGGUGGACCAGAACGGCAUCCUCUCCACGUUCCUCGGCUCCAACGACCUGACGUCGGCCCGCCCCCUGACCUGUGACAACAGCAUGGACAUCAAUCAGGUGAUUCUGGAGUGGCCCACCGACCUGGCCGUCAGCCCCAUGGACAACUCCCUGUACGUCCUGGACAACAACAUAGUGCUGCGCAUCACAGAGAACGGUCAAGUGAGCAUCGCAGCCGGGCGACCUGUCCACUGCCCGCUGGCCGGCCUGGACCGCGGAGUGGCCGGCGGUCAGAGGGCACAGUUAACCCCUCUAGAAUCCGCCGUUUCCAUCGCCAUAUCUUUCCACGGCGCCAUCUACAUAGCCGAGACAGAUGAGAGAAAGAUGAGCAGGAUCCGGAAGGUUUCUGUGGACGGCGAGAUAACGCACUUGGCCGGAGUUCUCUCCGACUGCGACUGCAAGAACGACGCCAACUGCGACUGCUACCAGACAGGGGACGGCUAUGCCAAGGAUGCCAGGCUCAAUGCCCCGUCCUCUUUAGUGGCGGCUCCAGAUGGAACGCUUUACGUGGCAGACCUGGGCAACAUCCGCAUCCGGGCCGUGAGCAGAAACGGGCCAACUUUGACUUCCAGCGCCGGAACAUACGAGGUGGCCUCCCCCGACGCCCAGGAGCUGUACGCGUUCGACAGCAACGGCACCCACCAGCACACGGCCAGCCUGCUCACCGGGGACUUGAAGUUCACGUUCAGCUACAGCACGGAGAACGACAUCACGGCUGUGACCGACAGCAGCGGAAACACCCUGAGGAUCCGCAGAGAUCCCAACCGCAUGCCGGUGCGUAUCGUGGCCCCGGACAACCAGGUGAUCUGGCUCUCCAUGGGCACCAACAGCCGGCUGAAGACUCUCACCACGCAGGGACAGGAGCUGGUUCUUCUCACCUACCAUGGUAACAACGGCCUGCUGGCUACCAAGACAUCGGAGAUUGGCUGGACGACGUUCUAUGACUACGACAGUGAGGGACGGCUCAUGAACGUGACGUUCCCCACCGGCAUGGUGAACAACCUGUACACAGACAUAUACAGCGCGCUCACCGUGGACAUCGAGAGCUCCAUGUCGGAGGAGGAAAUCAGCAUCACCACCAACACCUCCACCCUCCGUGCCUUCUACACUCUGGCUCAGGAUCAGUGUAGGAGCAGCUACCAGGUCGGCUUCGACAACUCGUUGAGGAUCACCUACGCCAACGGGAUGGACACCCACUACCAGACCGAGCCCCACAUCCUGGCGGGCGCCGCCAACCCGACUGUGGCCAGACGCAACAUGAGCCUGCCAGGGGAGAGUGGGCAGAACUUGGUUGAGUGGCGCUUCCGCAAAGAGCAAGCCAGAGGGAAAGUUAUCGUGUUUGGACGCAAGCUUCGGGUGAAUGGACGAAACAUUCUCUCAGUGGACUACGAUCGCACCCUGAGGACCGAGAAGAUUUACGAUGACCACAGGAAGUUCCUCUUAAAGAUUAUAUACGACACAGCGGGACACCCGGUGCUCUGGGUGCCCAGCAGCAAGCUCCUGCCGGUGAACGUGAGCCGAACGAGCAGCGGCCAAAUCAGUGCCCUGCAGAGAGGUCCUACCACUGAGAGGCUGGAGUACGACAGCCAGGGCCGACUGGUUUCCAGGGUGUUUGCUGAUGGGAAGAUAUGGAGUUACACCUACCUAGAGCAGUCCAUGGUGCUCCUGCUCCACAGUCAGCGACAGUACAUAUUUGAUUUCGACUCUCUCGACCGGCUUUCUGCUGUCACCAUGCCAAGUGUGGCCCGCUACACCAUGCAGACGAUCCGCUCGGUGGGCUACUACAGGAACAUGUAUCACCCCCCAGAGAGCAACGCCUCAGUGGCUGUGGACUACAGCGAAGACGGCCUCCUGAUGAGAGUAGCCCACCUCGGCACGGGGCGCAGGGUCCUGUACCGGUACCGCAGGCAGAACAAGCUGUCAGAGAUCCUGUACGACAGCACCAGGGUCAGCUUCACCUACGACGAAAUGGCGGGCGUGCUGAAGACCGUCAAUUUGCAAAAUGAAGGCUUCAUCUGCUCCAUUCGUUAUCGGCAAGUCGGCCCCCUGGUGGACAGGCAGAUUUUCCGCUUCAGUGAGGAUGGCAUGGUCAACGCGCGCUUCGACUACACGUACGACAGCAGCCUGCGUGUCACCAGCGUGCAGGGCGUCAUCAACGAAACGCCCCUGCCCAUCGAUCUAUACCAGUUCGACGACAUCUCGGGGAAGAUUGAGCAGUUUGGGAAGUUCGGGGUUAUCUACUAUGACAUAAAUCAGAUCAUCUCCACGGCGGUCAUGACCUACACCAAGCACUUCGAUGCACACGGUCGCAUCAAGGAGAUCCAGUACGAGAUCUUUCGCUCACUCAUGUACUGGAUCACCUUCCAGUAUGACGACGUCGGCCGAGUCACCAAGAGGGAGAUCAAAAUCGGUCCCUUUGCGAACACCACCAAGUACAGCUACGAGUACGACGUGGAUGGUCAGCUCCAGACUGUGUACCUGAACGACAAGGUCAUGUGGCGCUACACCUACGACCUCAAUGGAAACCUGCACCUGUUGAAUGCAGGAAGCAGCGCCAGACUUCUGCCUCUGCGCUACGACCUGAGGGACCGCAUCACCCGUCUCGGAGAUAUUCAGUACAGAAUGGAUGAAGACGGUUUCCUCCGUCAGAGAGGAGCAGAAAUAUUCGAGUACAACUCCAAAGGACUCCUGGUGCGGGUUUAUAGCAAGAGCGCCGGCUGGACGAUUCAGUAUCGAUACGACGGACUCAGCCGCAGAGUAUCCAGCAAAACCAGCUUGGGCCAACACCUGCAGUACUUCUACGCAGACCUCAGCUACCCGGCCAGGAUUACACACGUAUACAACCACUCCAGCUCAGAGAUCACCUCGCUCUAUUACGACCUCCAGGGCCACCUGUUCGCGAUGGAGAUCAGCAGCGGGGAGGAGUUCUACAUCGCCUGUGAUAACACCGGCACACCUCUGGCUGUCUUCACCAGCAACGGCCUCCUGGUCAAACAGCUGCAGUACACUGCGUACGGCGAGGUCUACUUCGACUCGAACCCCGACUUCCAGCUUGUUCUCGGGUUUCACGGAGGACUGUACGACCCCCUGACCAAGCUGCUGCACUUUGGGGAGCAGGACUACGAUAUAAUGUCGGGAAGGUGGACGCUUCCAGAUAUAUCUACUUGGAAAAGAGUUAGCAAAGAUCCUGCUCCUUUUAAUUUGUACAUGUUCAGAAAUAACAACCCCAUCAGCAAGGUCCAUGAAGUGCGAGAGUAUGUGGCAGAUGUGAACAGCUGGCUGGUAACCUUUGGCUUUCAUCUUCACAACACCAUUCCUGGGUUUCCAGUCCCGAAAUUUGAUUUGAGCAUGCCAUCCUACGAGCUGAAGAAGAGUCAGCUGUGGGACGAUCUGCCGUCAAUCUCUGGGGUCCAGCAGGAAGUAACCAGACAAGCGCACUCCCUCUUGUCAUUCGAGCGGCUGCCGGAGGUCCAUCUCAGCCGAGGUCGCAGGGGUGAAAAGUCUUGGCUGUGGUUCUCUGCGGCUAUGUCUCCCAUCGGAAGAGCAGUCAUGUUCGCCAUUUACAAGGGCAGCAUCCACACCCACACACUCAACGUGGCAAGUGAGGACUGCAUCAAGGUUGCCACGAUCCUGAACAACGCAUUCUAUCUGGAAGACCUCCACUUCACCAUAGAAGGACGGGACACGCACUACUUUGUCAAGCCGGGCCUUCCGGAUGCCGACCUUGCCGCGAUGCACCUCACUAGUGGGCACAAGACUCUGGAGAACGGCGUCAACGUAACCGUCUCCCAGUCCACCACGGUCAUGGAUAGUCGGACUCGCCGUUUUGCAGAUGUGGAGAUUCGCGCUGGGGCUCUAGCGCUCCACAUCCGAUACGGAUCCACGGUGGACGAGGAGAAAGCGCGGGUGGUUGAGCUCGCUCGUCAGCGCGCCUUUGCAGGAGCGUGGGCGAGGGAGCAGCAGCGAGUGCGGGAGGGCGAGGAAGGGGUGCGCCCCUGGACAGAGGGAGAGAAGAGGCAGCUUCUGAGCAGUGGGAAAGUGCUGGGGUACGAUGGGUACUAUGUGCUCUCCAUCGAGCAGUACCCAGAAUUAGCAGACAGCGCUAAUAACAUUCACUUUCUUCGGCAAAGUGAAAUUGGGAAAAGGUAACACUACACCGUUCAAUUUCUGCCAAAGAGACACAGUCUUGGUAGAGACAUGCCAGCGGACGAAAUGAAGAGCAGCUGUAAUCAACGGUUGCCGAUAUGUAUCCCGAGUGUCCAUGUGUUUUUUCUAUAAAAAACAAAAAUACAAAGAAAAAGAAAAUACAGACGGUCAAAAGCAAUGCUGUGCAUUGUGAUCGAGGGACUACAGAGUAAAUGUAUAACUACACCAAGCCUUAAUAUGGCUAUUACAGGUCAGUUUCUCUGUAGCACAAGCCUUCUGGACUCUGGACUCUCAAACAGAGACAUAGUUGUGUGUUUGGGAAACCGUGAGCUAGUUUUAGGUGUCUUCUGUUUGUUUUUUUCUUUUUAAUCAAGAAAAAGUCUGUCUCAACAAAGUAUUCUAAGAGCAAAGGAAAUGUUUACAUUAUGCAUAUCUGCACUUCUCUGGAAGUACAGGGCUCAUGAGUUCACACGCCCCGAGCGAGCUGUGUCCUUGAGCGAAUGUUUUUUGUUUUUUUUUUAAAUCAGAGACUUCUGACAUUAGAGAUAUCCUCACCAAACAGCCACUAUGUAUACCAGAUUUAGCACUGUAAACAUCGACAUGUCUUAUUCUCUUGAGAUGCUUUUAAACAGAAAAAAAUAAAAUGUUUCUUUGUUUAAAUACCCAAUAUUCAUCGUGGAAGAAAAAGGACGGCAAAGGUAUGACGGACUCUCUCUGGGGAGGAGAAGGCACAGCUGUGUCUUGGACAGCACAGGGACACCAUGUUUUGUAAAUUAUGCAAGAGUUUUCUGCUGUUUUUUUAAGAAACUGAAUAAAUGUCUGUACUAGUCAUAUUAACAGUAAUUUAUGUUGUGUUUAUACAUAUAAAAAAAAAAAGUUCCAUCAGAUUUAGAUUUUGUUUUUUUUAUUUUAUUUAUUUUCCAGACAUGCUUUUCAUUUUCUUUUCAGUUACAUUCCUCUCAAUGUGGCUGUGGGGCUUCUUCACAAUGCUCUGUUUAAGUAAUUAACAGAAACCUGUGCAUGUGGUGACAAGUAUUUUUACAAGUGGUGAUGUAUCUGUAACAUGCAGUCAACUAUUAUUUCCACUAAAUUUAAUGUUUGUUGGGCAUAAUGCCUUUUGACCUGGCUUCCUGUCCAAUGAAUAUUUCAUCAACACAAAUAUUUCAUGAAACCAUCGCGCGCAUAAGCAAGGUCACAGCGGAUCCAAAUAUAGAUCACGUCGAUAUUCUCGGUAGGUAUGGUUUUGUUUUUUUACGUCUGAAUGUUACAUGCACUCAUGGAUUAAAAUGAUAUUGGGGUUU